ACAUCCCUGAUACUUCACUGAGCCACACAUGAAGAGACCCCACGGUGCAUCACAUCCAGGCACAUUAUCCUGUAAAAAAAAAUCAUGGAAUCAGUGAACUGAAGCCAGUUUCUCAGACUUCUGUGUCCCCUCUACCGUAAACCGGAGCCCGGCUCUUCUUACGAAGCUCCCCGACGUUAGCCGGAACAGCUAACCGGCGAGCCCUCCACUGGGUGGUCGCUGGGACCAUGGCCGCUUCUUGUUGAGUCUUUGUGAAGUGGAUUUACUUUACCCGUCAUGGUGGCUUCGGUUGAGGAGGUUUCUUCGUCUCUGGUGCGGGAAUAUCUGAGCAGAAAGGGGCUGAAGAGGACCAUGGCCUGUAUGGACGAGGAGCAUCCACGCACCGAGGCCAGCAUCAACAACCGAUCCCAGCUGAGACACAUACUCAACAUAGAGGAUCUCUACAGGAAGAAUAAGGUUCAGGAUUCUCCCCUGAAAACGUUGCUGGAGAUGAUUGUGAAGCAUCACAUCGAGAGACUUAAGGACAAGAUCAAUGAAAAUGAUUGUCUGCAGAGUUCUCAGACCAUCAGCUCCACCACUGAUCCUCCUGAAGGAGCAAAAUCAGAGAUGAAUGACAUCAAAACAGAAGAAAUCCUUCCAACUUUUGUUAUGAGCAAACAGACCAUAUUACGGUCUGAAAAAAAAGAAACAUGCCUUUAUCAGCCUACAUCUAUAUCACCGCUGCCUGACAAAAACAGGCAGUCCAACUAUAAUCCACAAGAUUUCUUGGUUUAUGACUUAGAAGACCAAAAAGGCCGGGUCCUGAUGACUUCCCUUCGGAACGACGAGAGCUUCAUCCAAAGAGAACCUGAAAAAACCCCUUCCAUCACAGAGACUGGCCAGAAGAGCAGAAGUAAUCGCAUUAGACGAGGCAUGAUGGCUGGACCGAUACCUCAGGAAUCAAACAGAAAACGGCAAAGUCGAAGGGCUGAAGCAUCCCAGCCGCUGCUAAGAAAAGAAAAGGAGGAAAACAAGCAGUCUAAGGAUGGACUUUUACUGACUGGCUUCCAUCAAAACAGCUUAGAGAGAAUCUGCUCAGCUGACGGUGCUGGAGGGAAACUGGAGCUGCUAAACGCACCGGAGAGUGAAAAUAGCUUCGAAAAAAUGGGACAGAACAUACACAAAGCAAGAAAAGUAAAAACGUGGCCAAAUGUGACUGAUCUACAUGUUUCUGAGAUGGUGCUGGAUGACAUCGACGAUGACGACGACCUCCGAGAACUCUCCAAAGUUCCCGUCCAAAGAGCCCCAGUAAGGAACGACUUCGCCGGCCGACCGCUGGACGAACACACGGCCGCGGAAUUGAAAGCGGUUCUUCUUGGUUCCAGCCUGAAUUAUUUCAGUGCUGAGUGGAGGAACCAGGGCUUCACGUUCUCAGAAACACAUGACCUCAGAUAUGGAAUCGUGCAGAAGAAGGGUGGUCCCUGUGGAGUCCUGGCUUCAAUCCAAGCCUUUGUUCUGAAGAAUCUGCUGUUUAAGAACCCAGAGAGCAGUAAUGCUUGCCUUCAGAGGUUAAGACCUUCCAACACGACCAGGAGAGAGAGUCUUGUUCUAGCGUUGGAGGAAGUCUUAUGGAGGGCCGGCGAGGAGAAACGAGCCACAGUGGCGGUAAAUUCAGGGAGAAACCACUUCACCCCGUCUGGACGCUACAAAUCUGAAGGAAUUCUUGAAAAGAUCACAUGUUUCACUGUGGAGAACAUCAAAGAUCUGCAUUUACUCCUGGAGCAGCACAUCCAGCAGUUUGAAAGCGGGAUGUUGGGAUGUGUGCUGCUGACCGUUUCUGCUGUUCUCUCUCGAUCCGUUGAGAAAGUCAGAGAGGACAUGGAUGUUCCCUCCACCAGCCUGAUAGGAGCUCACGGCUACUGCACUCAGGAGUUGGUCAACCUGCUGCUCUGUGGCAGAGCGCUUUCUAACGUCUUUGACGACGACGUGGAGCUGGACUCAGGAAACGGAAGCGUGACGCUGCUGAGAGGAAUCAAAGAGCGCUGUGAUGUCGGCCUGCUGUCGCUGUUUGAACAUUACAACAUCUGUAAGGUAGGAGCUCACCUGAAGACUCCCCGUUUUCCCGUCUGGGUGGUUUGCAGCGAGAGCCACUUCAGCGUCCUGUUCGGCCUGCAGAGGGAGCUGUUGACCAAUGAGGACCGAGCUCUGUGCUUUGACCUCUACUAUUACGACGGACUGGCCAAUCAGCAGGAGGAGAUCCGCCUCAGCGUCGCUGCUGGAGAAGCAAAGCCGAGCUGUGAAGAUGAUCUCAUUCCUCCACUGGAGCUCUGCAUCCGAACACGGUGGACGGAUGCGUCUGUUAGUUGGAACGACUCCGAGCCGAUCCUCUGACCCAUCAGCUGGUUUGGUGUUAUUUUAAACCGUUAACCACAAAAUAAUCAUCGUUUUCCAAGUGAGACGCAGUGUUGGGAAGUUAAAAACCUACUUUAUGCUCCCUGAUGUGUCCUAAAGGUCACAUUAAUGCGUCCAAACCUCUAGGAAUCAGUUUUUGUCCAUAUAUCAGAUAUAAAAUGUCACAUUACGGUCUCCUUUUAUAAUCAGACAUAUCUGAGAAUCUGAUCAUUUAUCUGCAGUAAUUUUAGUAUAUUUAAUAAAGUUUUACCUUCAUACUAUGAAUAUUUUCACUUGCAGACCCUUAAAGUUCAGUGGAGUCGGUUUUAAAUUCUGCGCUUAAUUUGCGUCUUAUUUCAGGAUUUUUGAAAACUCAAAACUUCAAAUAUUCAAGGCUGAAAAAGACAUUUUAGUUCUGUUAAAACCCGAAUCCAGAUUAAUUUUAUAUCCACUCCUGGUGUCACAAUCUAAACCCAAAGUCUGUGUCUGUUAUCAUCGUUUCAGUGGAAAACUGCAGCAGGACAAAGUCACAGACUAGAAAAGAGUUAUUGUUUCACCAGCUUUCUCUGCUGAAUUAUCAUAAAACAGAAACACAUCCAGAGAACCAAUGAUUGAUUCUGGGACUCUGUCAUUAAACUGCUGCAGUUUUACUGUUCACACUGAGACAUCCCAUAAUACUGAUGCUCAAAGAUUGCUAUAGGAAGAGUCACGCUGACCAAAAAACUGAUUUAAUCUUUACAUUGUGACACCAGGAGUAAAACUGAUUCACCAGAGAAAGCUUUGAAAAAAGCAUUGUGGGUAAACUUUAAGGCUCCUAUCAGCCUGUGUGAUGGUGGUUGAUCAGAACUAGUUCUAGACAAUGAAAGGAGCAUUUUUACUACAUUUUUGUACAAUAAUCGUCACAUAAACACGACUCACUGACUCAGUUAUAGGUUUGUAUAAGAAGAUUCUAAUUACCAGAGGAAUUAAAUCCAUAAUAAUUUUUGUACAAUCAUUUUUCUGUGUGGAGAAUCAGAAGCCAGAAUUACACAAACUUUCAGUGGAUUAGUAUGAUUCAUCCAAACUAUUACAUAAAUCACGUGAACAACAAAUGUUGUUUCUGCGUUUUUACAUCCAGAAGCUCCUUUAAAAAAGUGCUAAAAUAAGGACGCCCAGAAUAAAGUGGUUUUAUUUCAUUUCUGAUAACCGGAAUGUGAAAUAUUUUCAUCACAGAUGUUUUUGAAUCUGACACUGACACCAGUGGCUUUCAUUUUUGUCCACAUUUUAGUCCCAGCUCAGCUUCAUAGUGUGAAGAUAAAACUUUUCAUUAAAUAUAUUAAAGUUAUUGAACAUAAAAAUCUGCUGAUUCUGAGGACGUUGUUUUAUCAGUAUUUAUUCUUCAGUUAUUUGAGACUCACUCUGUUGCCUUUAAGUGAUAUUUAAGAGAAAAUUUAGUCAUUUUAGAGGUUUUUCAGUCAGAUAAUAUUUUCUGAAAUGAUAUAAAUCAGUGCAGCUUUUUUACCACUGUGGCCUUUUCUGUCUGCCUGUACUUUAACUCAUAGAUAUCACAGAUUGUUUUCCUGAUUUAUCUUCUUAUUAUGAAUAAAAUACAUUUCAAAGCAAGAAAACUGCUAAAAAAUGAUGAAAAAUGUUAGAUUUAAGUGUAUUUUUAAAUAUUAUCACACAGUGUCUUAGCAUAGAGUAUUCAUAUAUCUGGCAAAAACUCAAACUUCUUACAUUUAUACAUUUUAAAUAAUAAAAAACUGUUGAUUUAUUGCUUCAGUUAUAGCAGAGACAUUAUAAGGCCUGUAAGGACAUAAAUAAUAAAUCAGAAGGCGCUUGGAUCAGAUAAAUCAAUCAAUCAAUCAAUCAGAGUUUAUUUGUAUAGCACUUUUCAUACAAAAGUAGCACAAAGUGCUUAACAAUUUAAAAACAAACAAUAAAAAACAAUAAAAAGACAAUGGCCCACAUCCCUCCCAAACCCUGCCCCACAGCAUACUAAACACCAUGAUUAGACCGUAAAUACAGUCUGUUAGUGAUCAGAUUAAAUUCUUAUUAUUGCCUUCAUUCAUUUUCAUUUUGACAAACUUCUUGUCUGAACAGAAAAUAAAAUAAAUAUCUGGAACUGUCACACAAA